UUGCACUCGGCACUGCUUGGCAGGUCUCCAAGUCUAACAUUUCCACUGAGUCAUCUAGUUAAUGAUUUGCGUGUUACAGCCAUGCAGGCUGGUUAUUCAGUCUUCUCCACUGUGCCUACUUGAUCUUUUUUUAUUUGCACAUUUGUGUUUAUCACUGGUCUGAAAACUAAGCACACUUUCAGUUUCAACAGUGAUAAAGCAGCUGCAGUCCAACUGUUCUUACAUAAUACAAGAACAGUGGUGAAGAAGGGAGGACAUGGCACCUACGCUGUUUGAUGUCGUGGCAAAGCCAGGAGACCUGAUUGAGAUCCUCCGUGGGAGAUUUAAGCACUGGGCUGUUUACAUUGGUGGAAAUGAAGUUGUUCAUUUGAUUCCUCCCAAAAAUCGUGUGGGAGCUUGGGACCUGGACAGCAGCACAGCACAGGUGAAGCGUCAGAUGCUCUGUGAUGUGGUGGAUUUCUACCAUUUCAGCAUCAACAACCUGCUGGAUGAUGAGUACACGCCUCGCGAUGGUGACAGCAUCGUGAGGGAUGCCUGUAGCAUGGUGGGGAUGGAUCUGCCCUACAACGUGGAGACUUGCAAUUGCCAGCACUUUGCUUUGGAGCUACGAUAUGGCAGGCCAGAGUGCAGGCAGAGCAAAAUGGUGGAGAGAAAGACGAUGGAGAAGCAGCAACUGAUGGAGAGACAGAUUAUGGAGAGGCAGAGAAGCGGCGAGAGCAGGAUGGCGUCAGCAGAAAGCGAGACAGACUGCAUGAGUGAGGUUAAAACAGCCGCUGUGAUUGGAGGUGUAGCUAUAGCAGGUGUGGCCUUAGCCGUUUUGGGUGCCUCUCUGUUCUCCAGCAAAGAUGACAACAAAAAAAGAAGACAUAAGUGAGAUGAUGAAACAACA